ACUUUCUUAAACAGACGAAAUCUUUUCGACUAAUAUACAUAUAUAUGAUUCGGUUCGCGCAACGGCGAAAGUAGAAAAAAAUGACGGAACUUCGUGUGAUUUGACAGUGAAGAAACACUUAAUGGGAAAAGUGCCUCGGUAUCCUGUGAUAUCCGGAUUUUGGCCAGCGGACCGACAUUGGUAAUCAGUGAACGGAAGGAAAGCUCGAGGCGUGGAACGCGAAAGGGUGAGAUAGGGGUGAACUGGUGGAGGGUGAGGCUGAAGUGAUGACGGGCGAGGAAGGAAAGUGCGGGGGUGGAACUGGCACUGGUGGGGAUGCCGGUGUUGGAAACACGAACACGAACCUUACCGAUAAUGUGAACAAUAUUAAUGCCAACGUACAUGCGAAUCUUAACGCCAACAUUAAUGUCAGCCAACAGAAUGGAGGACCGGAAAAAGCGCCUGUCGUCGGCGGUACCAAUGUGGAAACGUUACCUCGCGCUGGUAAACAGAGCGAUCCCAGUACGGCGUUUCUCCGUGCGGCUCGUGCAGGGCAGCUGGAAAAGGUUUUGGAAUACCUGGAAUCGGGAGUGGACAUUAAUGCUUCAAAUGCUAAUGGAUUAAACGCUUUACAUCUGGCAGCUAAAGAUGGUCAUUUGGAAAUCGUCAGAGAACUUCUUAAACGUGGUGCAGUGGUCGAUGCUGCUACCAAAAAGGGAAAUACGGCAUUACAUAUCGCUUCUCUUGCUGGACAGGAGGAGGUGGUACAAUUGCUGGUACAACGAGGUGCUUCUGUGAAUGCACAGUCACAAAAUGGAUUCACACCAUUAUAUAUGGCUGCUCAGGAAAAUCAUGAUUCCGUAGUCAAAUUUCUCCUGAGCAAAGGUGCCAAUCAAACAUUGGCUACUGAGGAUGGUUUCACCCCGUUAGCAGUAGCAAUGCAACAGGGCCACGAUAAGGUGGUAGCAGUUCUGUUGGAAAAUGACACUCGUGGUAAAGUUCGAUUGCCUGCUCUCCACAUUGCUGCCAAGAAAGACGAUUGCAAGGCGGCUGCCCUACUUUUACAAAACGAUCAUAAUCCCGAUGUAACAUCGAAGAGCGGUUUCACACCGCUCCAUAUAGCAGCACAUUAUGGCAACGAUCGAAUUGCAUCCUUGCUUUACGAUAGAGGAGCAGAUGUAAAUUUCGCAGCUAAGCACAAUAUUACGCCGAUGCACGUAGCGGCAAAAUGGGGGAAAAUAAAAAUGGUGAAUCUUUUGAUGAGCAAGGGAGCAAAUAUCGAAGCGAAAACGAGAGACGGCCUUACACCUCUUCAUUGCGCAGCACGAUCUGGCCAUCACGAAGUUGUUGAUAUUUUAAUAGAGAAAGGUGCACCGAUCGGUUCCAAGACGAAGAAUGGUCUUGCACCGUUGCACAUGGCUUCUCAAGGAGAUCACGUUGACGCCGCGAGGAUAUUAUUGUAUCAUCGAGCACCCGUGGAUGAAGUGACGGUAGAUUACUUGACGGCGCUACACGUAGCAGCUCAUUGCGGACACGUACGAGUGGCUAAGCUCUUACUUGAUAGAAAUGCUGAUCCAAACGCACGAGCUCUAAACGGCUUUACUCCACUUCACAUUGCCUGCAAAAAGAACAGACUGAAGGUCGUUGAGCUCCUCUUAAAGCACAAAGCUAGCAUCGAAGCCACUACAGAGUCUGGAUUGACGCCUCUACAUGUAGCAAGCUUCAUGGGGUGCAUGAACAUAGUGAUUUAUUUACUGCAACAUGCAGCUAGUCCCGAUAUACCGACAGUAAGGGGCGAAACGCCUUUGCAUUUAGCUGCGAGAGCGAAUCAGACUGAUAUUAUCAGGAUACUUCUUAGAAAUGGUGCCCAAGUUGAUGCCAGAGCAAGGGAGGAACAAACACCUCUUCACGUUGCUUCCCGAUUAGGCAACGUUGAUAUCGUAAUGUUAUUACUUCAACACGGUGCCGAUGUAGAUGCUACGACUAAAGAUUUGUAUACACCGCUUCAUAUUGCCGCUAAAGAAGGUCAAGAAGAGGUUGCAUCCGUUUUAUUAGAAAACGGCGCAUCGCUUACCGCGACGACCAAAAAAGGAUUCACUCCUCUACAUUUGGCAGCUAAGUAUGGUAAUAUGAAUGUAGCAAGAUUACUGUUACAGAGGAAUGCACCGGUUGAUGCCCAAGGAAAGAAUGGCGUAACUCCACUUCACGUAGCAUCUCACUACGAUCAUCAAAAUGUAGCGUUACUUCUACUUGACAAGGGUGCAUCACCUCAUGCUAUGGCUAAAAAUGGUCAUACCCCAUUACAUAUUGCAGCACGCAAGAAUCAGAUGGAUAUUGCAACUACUUUAUUGGAAUACGGAGCAAAAGCAAACGCGGAAUCAAAAGCAGGAUUUACGCCGCUACAUUUGAGUGCACAAGAAGGCCAUACCGAUAUGUCAACACUACUUAUUGAGCACAAAGCAGAUACAAAUCACAAAGCAAAGAAUGGUCUCACGCCGCUUCAUUUGUGCGCACAAGAAGAUAAAGUUAAUGUUGCAUCUAUUCUCGUUAAAAAUGGUGCCCAGAUUGAUGCCAAGACAAAGGCCGGUUACACUCCGUUACAUGUGGCAGCUCAUUUUGGUCAAGCAGCUAUGGUACGAUUCCUUUUACGAUCUGAUGCAGCUGUUGACAGCAGUACGAAUGCUGGAUAUACUCCAUUGCAUCAAGCUGCUCAACAAGGACAUACAUUGGUGAUCAAUUUGUUGCUUGAGGGUAAAGCAAAACCGAAUACAACUACUAAUAAUGGACAAACUGCUUUGGAUAUUGCACAAAAACUUGGUUACAUUAGUGUCAUCGAAACUUUGAAGGUAGUUACAGAAACUGUCAUUACAACGACUCAUACGGUUACUAUCGAAGAAAAAUACAGAGUGCAAGCUCCUGAAUCAAUGCGAACAUUUAUGAGCGAUAGCGAAGAUGAAGGGGGUGGUGAUGAAAUCGGCAUGGCAGCCAUGAAUGUGUACGGGCAGCCUCCACACGCGCAACACGUGUACCUUCCUUCUUACUACCAGGGCCAAAUGACCUAUACCCGUGAAGAUCCGAUGCUCAGCGACCAACAGCAAUAUCGAUACAUGACUGUUGACGACAUGAAAUCUAUGGGGGAUGACUCGAUGCGUGUGAACGUGACAGACGACGAGAGGGAUAAUCGACAUUCCGGAGCGCCUACGAUAACCGAGAUGAUGACGAAGGAAACUUGUCAACGUACAAAUGCCGCCAAUCUGAAACCGGACAAUGUUGAUAUCAACAGGCACCCAGUUCACGUCGGCUUCCUGGUUUCGUUUCUGGUGGAUGCACGAGGCGGUGCGAUGCGCGGGUGCAGGCACAGCGGUGUACGCGUGAUCGUUCCUCCUAGGAAAGCAGCGAUGCCUAUGCGCGUCACGUGCAGAUACCUGAGAAGGGACAAAUUGACGAACCCGCCGCCUUUGAUGGAAGGGGAGGCUCUUGCGAGUCGUAUACUGGAGUUGGGACCCGUGGGCGCCAAAUUUUUAGGGCCCGUGAUCAUAGAAGUACCACACUUUGCUUCGUUGCGAGGAAAAGAACGAGAAAUAGUUAUACUCCGAUCAGAUAAUGGAGAGACUUGGCGCGAGCACACCUUGGAAGCCAGCGAGGAGGCCGUCCAAGAUGUGCUUAACGAGAGCUUUGAAGGAGAAGAAUUAAGCCAGCUCGAGGAUCUCCAAACUUCUCGGAUCGUAAGGAUACUCACCGCAGACUUCCCACAUUACUUCGCAGUAGUGUCCCGUAUCAGGCAAGAGGUUCAUGCAGUUGGUCCAGAAGGUGGCACGGUUUCUUCGUCAGCCGUACCUCAAGUUCAAGCUGUAUUCCCACCCGCGGCUCUUACUAAAAAGAUCAGAGUUGGGCUCCAGGCGCAUCCAAUACCGGCAGAUCUUGUCGCCAAGCUGCUUGGUAACAGAGUGGCGGUAUCACCGAUCGUAACCGUUGAGCCGAGACGAAGAAAAUUCCACAAACCGAUAACCUUAACCAUACCCGUGCCUCAAGCAGCCAAUAAAGGCAUGAUCAAUCAAUAUUCAGGAGAUGCGCCGACGCUCAGACUUCUGUGCAGCAUAACUGGAUUGAGUCAUUUAGUCUUCCACACGUACGGGGGAAUGUUAUCGAACGUUUGUUCCGUUCUCAGAUUCGUAGUAUUUGCAAAGCGAGUAGAUCCAUUGGAGGCAAGGUUGCGCGUAUUUUGUAUGACCGACGAUAAAGAGGACAAGACGUUAGAAAAUCAAGAGCACUUCACGGAAGUGGCGAAGAGCCGGGACGUGGAGGUGUUGGAGGGGAAAACGCAGUACAUGGAAUUUUCGGGCAACCUCGUGCCGGUGUUGAAGAGCGGCGAACAGCUUCAACUGCCGUUCAGAGCUUUCAAGGAGAACAGAGUUCCGUUCACGGCGAGGAUAAAGGAUCCGGACGCGGCUGACAUGAUGGGUCGCAUAAUGUUCAUGAGCGAGCCAAAGGUUCCUAAAGGCGAGCUCCCCCAAACGCCUAUAUGCACGUUAAACAUUUUGCUGCCGGAGAAAAUCUCGCCGGAACCUGCCGUCUCUGAGAUCGAUUUGUUAGAGCUCUCGAAGAAUUAUAGCUUUCUGCGCGACGGCGGAAUAAGUCGUCCAGACGCUAUCCACAGAGCGACCAUUCGAUUGACCGAUAUUGCAAAUUUGUUGGACAAAGAUUGGGAGAAACUCGCGGAGGAAUUAAACGUGGCGCCGAACGAAGUGUCGACGAUCAAACAAGAGUACGCCAACAAACGCCAACAAGCUGCGGCGAUGCUCAAAGUUUGGCAGAGCAAUGGAAAUAAAGCAACAGGAAAUACAUUGGAGAAAGCGUUGAACAAAAUUGGCCGCGAUGACAUCGUGAAAAAAUGUAUAUUCAACGUUGAAUUGAUUACGGACGACGUGGAGAAAGCUGUGGCGAGAGUUCGAUUGGAUCAACCUGGAUUUGACUCUUUGAAAGAAGAAUUGGGCCCUUCGAGGGACACCUCUCUUCGCCGUGACGCAACGAUGGAUCCAAAGAUGAAUCCUGAUUACGAUGACUUUAAUAAGAGCAAGGAGUCGGGAUCUAUGGAAGAACUCGAUAUAAGCGGCGCUAAACGAGAUAAAUCAAAACAGCAUGUCACGAUCACAAAUGGCACUGUAUUCAACGGAACCUCGACCCCUAUCAAAGAUAAAUACGCAAGCGAGGAGAAAGAGCUGGGGGAUGUGAUGGCCGAUUUCCUCGAGCACAAAUGUCACGUUAGCGAUACGAUGAGCAAAAAGUUGCGCGAUGAACUUGACGACAAAGACAAAAAACGGCAGAGGGUGAUCGCGGACGCCAACAAAAUAGUAUCCGGUAUAAUAGCAGACGCAGAGAAAGCGAAGGGGAAGUUAGCUAAGGAAGGGUGGUCGGUGGUUUAUGAUGAUGAUGAUGAUGAUGAUGAUGAUGAUGAUGAUGAUGAUGAUACGCGAGACAAUAAAGAGGCAAGAGGUGCUGUAGUUGAAAGUUUUGUUAGGGAACAGUUCGUAAAGAGGAAGCCUAAGGACAAGAUCCUUAUGGCGGAGGAAACGAUUAUCGAUCGAACGCCGAUCGUCGAGCCGACGAUAGUUAAGCAGCGUGUCGUUCGCGAUGGGAAGGGAGACUCUAAUGCGAAGAUGAUAGUCGGAUCGAAAACUAUAGUUACAGCGAUGGACGGUGUAGAGAAUAAGAAGAGUACUCGGGAACCGGUUGCGAUCGGUGAACGGAAAGAAACGAUCGCGGUGAAAGAGAUGGAUCGAACGGCCGCCACAGUGACGAUCCCGAACGGUAAACAAAGUAUCGUGAGCGAGAAGGAGAUGAUGUCGAAGGAAGGUAAGGAAGUCGACGAGAAAUCGACGAUACCCGCCGACGAUGCCGGCACGUCGAAGAAGGGGGAGGAAGGGGAGGCGAAGGGGAAGGGGGUCGAUCGAGGGGAGCAGAGAUCCCCCGCCGAGGAAUCGCGAGAGAUCGUUGGCAAAGUUAACAUUCCAAAGGAGGGGAGGGGAGUGACGAGCGAGAAGCAGGCCGCAUCCGCGUACGAGAGCGUUUACAGCGUGCAAUACCCGGACGAGAAACAAGAGGACGAGUCGAAGAGGUCGAAGGACAAGAGCGGAGGGGGUAUAUUGUCCGGGAUUUUCAAGGGAUCUAAACUGAGGAAGAGCAAAUCGAGAGGAUCGAAGGAUACGUCUUUCGAUAGCGGCGACGAGGAAGCGAAAGCGGCCUCGACUGGCAAGGAGGCCGCUAAAACGAAACCGUCUACCUUCGUUACGUACGACGCGUACGUAGACAUGAAACCCGCCGAGCAAACUGCCACCGACAUUAAACUGGCAACGAUGCAAUUUUUGGACGAAUCCAGGCGCCUAGCUUCGGAGGUGCACGCGCUCGACGGCGCGCUCAUGGCCUCGACUCGGGUCGAGGAAAAAGACGAGGAAGAGACGAUCAAGGAUCAAGCGAUGGAAGAUCGUGGCGAUACCACCGAUCAGGAGAAAGAGAAAGGUGGUGGUGGUGGUGGUUUCUUCGGUAUGUUCAAGAGUCCAAAAUCGAAGGAGAAGAGAUUGAAGAAGAGCAAGGAGUCGUCGUUGGACAGCGGCGACGAGGAGGUUCGAAUCGUCACGGAGAGAUCGUUGGACGAUACUGGCGAGAUCGUUCCCGACGUGUACACGUUCACCUCGCAGGUUCGUUACAACGAGGACACGCCGAAGGAUAAAUUGAACGGGCAUUCCUACGAUAUUUCGGAGACGCGAAAGAGCAGCAAAGAAGCGAACGGGAAAUCGGAGGCGAGGAAGCGCGAGAAAGAGAGGAAGGAGCGAAGUUUGGAGAGGCGUGGCGAUAAGAAAGGUUCGGAUUCCCCGGAGAAGAGGGUGGCGGCGGGUGAGGGAGGAAGCGAGGAGGAGAAGGGCGGUGGAUUCUUCGGUAUGUUCAAGAGUCCAAAGUUGAAGAGCAAGAAGAGGAGUUCGUCGAGGGAGAAGAGCUCGUCGAAGGAAACGUCGUUCGACAGCGGGGACGAGGAGACGCGGCAAUUGACGGCGGAAUUUUUGGAGGACACGAGGAGAGUGGCGGAGAGCAUGCACCGCGAAGGCUCGAGGCGAAUCGCCGAGAAGAUGACCGCCGACGGGGAGCCAUCCGCGGAGGCAUCCGUGGACAAAGACAAGGGAGGGGGGAUCUUCGGCAAAUUCAAGAGUCCAAAAUUGACGAGAGCGUCGCGAAGCAGAUCUCGAGAGAAGAGCGGCCCCCCGCGAGAGGCGAGUCCUCCGGACGCCUCGAUCCGCGACGCGACCGCGAAAUUCUUGGAGGACACGAGGAACAUCGCGAACGCGACGUUGGACGCGAAGGAGAGAGGAGAGGACGCGAGGGAGAGAGCGACGACCGAAGCGACGACGGAGGCGAAUGGAGCGGAGGCGAGAGACAGAGCCGCGAAGGAGGCGAAGAGGGCGAAGGAGAAGAGCGGCUUCCUAUCCGGAUUGUUCAAGGGGGCGAAGCACGCGGCGGACGAGGCCUCGGACGAAGUUAAGGAGGCCGUUGACGGGACGAGGAGGGAGAUCGGCGAAGAGAGGAAAGAUCGCGCGAGAGAAGCGGUGGAAGGGAAAUCGAAAGACGAGGCUGUGUCGGAAGCGAGGGAUGGAAGAGUAAUUAGCGUUCUCAAGGAUACGAGAGACGCGAUCGGUGGAAAGGUGAGCGAAGCCGCGCAAAAGGUGUCGGAUACCGGUAAAAUCGUUGGGGGAAAAGUCGGGGAUGGAGCGAAACGGGUGGAAGAGAAGGUGGAGGAUGCGGUGAAAGUUGCAAAGGACGAAACGUUGGAGAGAGGGAAAGACGUUAAAGAUAUCGCGGUGACGGGUGACGCGAACGAUGCCAAAGGCAAAAUUGGCGAGAAGUUGGACGAAGGUGGCGCGCAGAAGGUGGCCGAUACGGGGAGAGCAGCAAGGACGGACAAAGGGAUAGCCGAAGGGAUGAUAAAGGAGGCGGAGUCAGCCGCGAAGGCGACCAAGGACAAGGUGGUUAAAGAGGUUAAGGAGGACGCGGAAACAGCGAGGCAGAAGAUAUCUCGGAAUGGAAUGGACUCGGCGAUGGAUAGCGCGAAGGAGAAGGCCGCGAAGGAAGGCAAAAAGGGUAAGGAGAAGAGCGGUGGUUUCCUCUCGGGACUGUUCAGAAGCGCGAAACACGCGGCGGACGAGGUUUCCCAAGAGGCGAGAGAGUUGGUCGACGAGACGAGGAGGGAGAUUGGCGAGGAGGAGGCUCGUGCUCGCGAAAAAUCGAAGGAAGUGGACGAAGCGGUUAAAGAGAGACUGGCCACCGGUGCGCGGAAAAUAUCUGACGUUGGCGAGCGAGCGAGCGACGUCGAGGAAAAGGCGAUUCGCGACGCGGUGGAUGGCGCGGCGGCGGCCAAGGACGAAGCGAUCGCGAAGGCGAGGGACGCCAAAGACGGAGUCGGGGAGAUGGUGGAGGGGGCGAAGGAGGCCGAGGCGAGAGCGGAAGCAGUUGCGAGCGAGGGCGUGAAGGCAGCGAAGGACAAGGUGGCGUCUGGAAUAGACUCGGCCGUGGAUGGCGCGAAAGAUAAGGCCGCGAAGGAAGCGAGGAGAGCGAGAGAAAAGGCCGGCGGUUUCUUGUCGGGACUGUUCAAGGGCGCGAAGCACGGCGCGGAUGAAGUUUUCGAAGAUGACGCGAGGGAGUUGGUCGACGAAACGAGGAAGGAAGCGGUUGAGGAGGAGGAGGGUCGAGCUCGGGACCAGGUGGCGGGAAAGUCGAGGGAAAUCGAUGCGACGAGAGACAAAGCGGUGGAUAAGAUUAGCGAAAAAGCGGCGGAAAAGGUUCGAGAUGUCGGCGAAAAGAUGAUACCGUCGGACGAUAUGGUCGAUGGCUCGAAGGCGAUCGAGGACAAGGUAGCGGCGGGCGUGAAACGCGCGGAAGACGAAGCUGCAUCCGUUGCAAAGGACGUUGGAAAAGCGGUCGAGAAGAUGGCGGAUGGCGCGGAGAGGAUCGGAGACGCGGGAAGGGAGAAAGUGGCGAAGGAGAUCGAGGACGACACCGAAGCCGCGAAACGGAGAAUAGGAGGGGCGGUGGACGGCGCGAGUGGAGCGAAGGACAAGGCGGCGAAAGAGGCCAAGAGGGCCAAAGAGAAGACGGGCGGAUUUCUCUCUGGACUGUUCAAGGGCGCCAAGUACGCCGCGGACGAAGUUUCGGACGACGUUAAAGAAUUCCUGGAGGAGACGAGGAGGGAAGCCUCGGAAGAGAAGGACCGUCUACGAGACGCGGCCGCCGAGAAGUCGAAGGAGGCGAAAGCGGCGAAGGACAGAGUUGCCAAAGACGUCAAGGAUGCCAAAGACGCGACGCUCGCAAAGGUGUCCGAUGCCGAGCGAAAAGCGUCGGACGCGGCGAAGGUCGUCGGUGAGAGGAUGGCCGACGGGGUGAAGCGGGCGGAGGAAAAAACGAAGAGCGUCGUUGGAGCGACGAUCGACGGCGCGAAGGAAGCGAGGGAUAAAGCUGUUGCGGAUACGAAGGAUGCCGCGGAGAAAGUUGCGACCGCCGCAAAAGACGCGAAGGAUAAAGUUAGCGACGAGGGCAAAGCCGUUGCUGCCGAGCUGAUCGAGGGGGUGAAACGCGGCGCGGAGACCGCGAAGGAGGACGUCGAAGCGGUCGUGGACAAGGCCUCGAAAGAAGGGAAGAAGGGUAAGGAAAAGGCGGGUGGCUUCCUCUCGGGACUUUUCAAAAGCGCGAAACACGCGGCGGACGAAGUCUCCGAGGACGCGAAAGGUUUCGUCGAUGAAACGAGACGAGAAGCGGGUGCGGCGAAAGAGAGAGCAGUGGCGGAUGCGAAAGACGCGAAGGAGAAGGUUGUGAGCGUGGCGAGAGACGCGAGAGAGAAAGCGGCGGAUGGUGGACGAAAGGUGGCCGACGUUGGGAAAACCGUGAUCGAGAAAGCGGACGCGAUUGCGAAGGAUGCGAGCGAAGCUGCGAUAGCGGCCAAGGAUAAAGCGGUCGCUGAUACUUUGGAAGCGAAGGAUAAAGUGGCGGUGACGAUGAAGGAAACGAGGGACCGGAUUGGCGAAAAGGUGAUCGAAGGCGUUGAAAAGGUGUCGGAUGCUGGGAAAGCUGUGGGGGAAAAGUUAACGGAUGGCGCGAAGAAAGCCGUGGACAAAGCCGAGGAGGGUAUCCACGAUGCGAGUAGCGGCGUCAAGGCGACCAAGGACAAACUGGCGCGGGAAAUUAAGGAGGAUGCGGAGGUUGCGAAACAGAGGGUAGCGUCAGGUGUGGAUAGCGUGGUGGACGGCGGCGUUGCGGCGAAAGACAAGAUCGAAAAGGAGGCUAAGAAGGCGAAGGAGAAGGGUAGCGGUUUCCUCUCCGGUUUGUUCAAGGGAACGAAACACGCGGCGGACGAGGUCUCGGACAAUGCGAAGGAAUUUCUGGAAGAAGCAAAGAGAGAAUCGUCGGAAGAGAAGGCGCGCGCUUACGAAGCGAUGGAGAAGAAAAUCGAGGAUAUAGCCGCGGCGAAGGAUAGAGCGAUCGUCGAGGCGAAGGAUAAAAUCGCGACUUCCGCGAAGGACGGGAAGAUCAAAGUUGAGACGAAAAUUUCGGAUGGAUUGGAAAAAGUGUCAGAUGCCGUCGGUAAAAAGUUGGAGGAGGGGGUGAAACGGAGUGGAGAAAAAAUAGAAUCUAUCGGUCGAGAAGCGGUCGACGGCGCAAAGACGGCGAGAGACGAGAUGGUUGCGGGGGCGAAGGACGCCAAGGACAAAGCUGUCUCGGCCGCGAAGGACGAGAUCGGCGAGAAAGCGUGGGAAGUUGGCAAGAAGGUGGAAGAAGGGAUCGCGAGCGGUGCGAAGGCGGUUGGCGACAAAGCUCGCGAGAUAGGCGAAGGCGCGAGAACGGCGAAAGACAGGGUGGAGAAGGAGGCGAGGGAAGACGCCGGUGCCGCGAGGCAAAAGAUUUCGUUGGGCGUGGACGCGGUUGCGGACAGCGCGGACGCGGUUAAGGAAAAGAUUGCGAAGGAAGCGAAGAAGGGUAAAGAGAAGGGCGGAGGUUUCCUCUCGGGCCUGUUCAGAGGCGCGAAACACGCCGCGGACGAGGUCUCGGAAGGAGUGGAAGAAUCGCUGGACGAAACGAAGAGAGUGGCGGCGGGCGAAGAGGAGGCUCGUGCUCGCGAGGCGGUGGAGAAAGGUAUCGAAGGGGUGAAAGGCGCGAGAGACAAGACGGCGGCCGCGAUGAAACACGCCGGGGACAAGGCGAGCGAGAAAGUGUCCGAGGGUGUAAGAAUCGUUGGCGACGAAACGACGGAAGCAGCGAAACGAGCGGAAGCUGGUGUUCGAGAAGCGGCCGAAACGACGAAGGACAAACUGGCGGAUAAAGCGGCGGAAGUUUUGGACACCGGGAAAGCGAUCGGGGAGAAAGUUAAAGGCAGGGCGGAGGAAGUUGGCCGAGGAUUGGCCGACGGAGCGAGGGCGACGAAAGAGAGAGCGAUCAAAGAGGCGAGAGAGGACGUGGAUGGCGCGAUAUCGGGCAAGGAGAGGGCCGGGAAGGAGGCUCGAAGAGCUAAGGAGAAAGGUGGUGGCUUCCUUUCGGGAUUGUUCAAAGCCGCGAAACACUCGACGGACGAAAUUUUGGACGACGCGAAGGAUUUCCUCGACGAGACGAGGAGGGAAGCGUCGGAAGAGAGCGGCCGUGCCGCCGACCUCGAGGAUGCGAAAGGUAAACUCGUCACCGCGGUGAAACACGCCGAGGACGCGAUGGAUGUGUCCGACGUGGCGCGGAGAGCGACGGAUGCGAGGAUUGGAGAGGUGGUCGAAGGCGCGAAAGCGGCGACUACCGGCAAGGACGCGACGGAAACGAUCGGCGAGAGAGUGGCCGAGAGUGGUGGGCAGGAAGCUGCGAGAGAGGAAAUAUCUCGCGAAACGGCGAAAGAGGGUAAGAGAGGGAAGGAGAAGGGCGGCGGAUUUCUCUCUGGAUUGUUGAAGAGCGUGAAACAGGCGGCGGACGAGAUUUCGGACGACGCGAAAGAAUUCGUGGACGAGAAGAAGAGGGAGGCCGUCGAGGAGGAGGCUCGCGCUCGGGAAGCUGUGGCCGGAAAACUGAAGGAUCUCGGCACAGCGAGGGAUAGAGCGGUCGCUGACGCGAAAGAUGCGAGGGAUAGAGCGGCGGACGCGGCGAAGGAUGCCAAGGACAGAGUGGGCGAGAAAGUGUCGGAUGCCGGUAGAGCAUUGGACGAGAAAAUUUCGAGCGGUGCGAAGGCUGUCGAGGCGAAGGUGGAGACGGCUGCGAAAGAUUUAGCCGGCGGAGCGGAGGCAACGAGGGACGGGAUAACGGCCGAUGCGAAACACGCGGGGGAUAGAGCCGCGUCUCUGGUGAAGGAGAGCGAGGAGAGGAUCGGCGAGGCUGUGUCCGACACCGGUCGAAAGAUAACGGAUGCCGGGAAAGCGAUUGGAGAAAAGAUGGCGGACGGCGCGAAGAAGGUGGAGGAGUCGGCGGAGAAGACUGGCCGCGAGAUAUCCGGCGGCGUCGGAGCGGCGAAGGACGCUUUGGUGAAAGAAAUCAAGGAUGACGCCGAAGCGGCGAAGGAAAAAACGUUGGCGGCGGUAGACGCGGUUACGGACGGCGCAACGUUCGCCAAGGAGAAGGCCGGCAAGGAGGCGAAGAAAGCGAAGGAGAAGAGCGUGGGCUUCCUUUCGGGGCUGUUCAAGGGCGCGAAACACGCGGCGGACGAAGCGUCGGCGGACGCGAAGGAAUUCCUCGAGGAAACGAGGAGGGAAGCGGCCGAGGAGAAAGGCCGGUUGCGCGAAGCGGUGGAAGGAAAAGCGAAAGAAGUGGACGCGGCCGUGGCGGACGCGAAACGAAAAGUGGAGGAUUUCGGAGCCGAGAUGGUUGGAAAAGUAUCCGAGGGUGUGGAGAGAAUAACGGAUGCCGGUGGCGAAAGAAUCGUGGAUGGCGCGAGGCGCGCAGAAGCGAAGACGGAAAUGGCGGCUCGCCGGGCGACGGAUGCCGUCGAAUCGGCGAAGGACAAACUGGUUUCGGACGCGAGGGACGUUAAAGAGAAGGUGGAAUCCGCGGCGAGGGACGGGAAAGAGCGAAUCGGCGAAAAAGCGAAGAUGGUCGAGGACGAAACGGUGGCCCUCGCUCGAGACGUAGCCGACGUCGCGAAAACGGGAAAGGAGAAAGUUGCGAAGGAGGCGAAGGAGGACGUUGACGCGGCGAAGCAAAAGGUAUCGUCGGGCGUAGAAACGGUGGUGGACGUUGCGUCGAGUACGAAGGACGCGAUCGCGAAGGAAACGAGGAAGGCGAAGGAGAAGAGUGGCGGUUUCCUUUCUGGUUUGUUCAAGGGCGCGAAACACGCGGCGGAUGAAAUUUCGGAAGACGGGAAACGCGUUGUCGACGAGGCGAAGAGAGGAAGUGCGGAGGUGGCCGAGAAAUUGGGAAAGGGUGUCGACGCGACGAGAGAGAAAGGAAUCGCGAUUGCGAAAGACGCGGAGGACAAGGUUGGCGGCAAAGCGUCGGAAGUCGCGCAGACGGUGUCCGACGUUGGUAAAGCUGUUGGCGAGAAAGUGGCGGAUGGCGCGAAAGAAAUCGGCACUGGCGUGGAAGCCGGUGCUCGGCGAAUAGGAGACGCUGCGAAAGCGACGAAAGAUAAAGUCGCGGCUGGCGUAAAAGAUUCCAAGGAUAAAGCGAUCGCUUCCGCGAAGGAUGUCAGAGAUAAGGUCGCGGAGGGUGGCGAAAAAGUGGAGAGAGUCGAGGCAGCCGCUCGAAAAGCGGCGGAUGAGACGAGGGAGAGAGUAGCUAAGGAAAUUCGAGAGGAUGCCGAAAUCGUAAAGGGGAAGGUUUCCUCGGGGGCAGAUGCGUUGGUGGACGGUGCUGCUUCCGCGAAGGAUAAAGCGACGAAGGAGGCUAAGAAGGCCAAGGAGAAGGGGAGCGGCUUCCUUACGGGAUUGUUCAAGGGCGCGAAACAGGCGACCGACGACGUAUCCGACGAGGUGAAAGAAUUUCUCGACGUGACUAGGAGAGAGGCGGCGGAGGAAGAGGCUCGAGCUCGCGAGGCGAGGGACAAAGUUUCGAGCGCCGUGAAAGACGCGGAGAAAGCGGUGGACGAAAAAGUCAGCGCGGGAAAAGAUAAAUUAACAACGACGGACGUCCGAGACGAAGUUGUUGCAUCUGUUGCGAAAGACGCGAGGGACAAGGUUAAGGAGAAAGCGAGCGAAGGUGGAGAGAAAAUAUCGGAGAAAAUAGUGGACGGUGCGAAGAAGAUUGAGGACGAAACGAAGGCGUUGAAGGAGGAGAAAGCGGAGGUUAAGAAGGAUGCGAAGGAAAAAGUUGCAUCGGGCGUGGACGCCGCGUCCACGGCGAAGGAUAAAGCGGCGAAAAGAGGGAAGGAAAAGAGCGGCGGUUUCUUUUCCGGAUUAUUAAAGAGCGCGAAGCACGCCGUGGACGAGGCGUCGGAGGAGGUGAAGGAAUUCGUGGACGAAACGAAGAAAGAAGCCACGAAGGAGGAGGCGCGGGCGCGCGAAGCGUUGGCGAGGAAAGCGAAGGAGGUGGAUGCGGCGAAGGAUAAAGCCGAUGCCGAGUGGGAGGAUACGAAAGAUAAGGCGAGGACGAUCGCGACGGACGCGGUUGGAGGAAAAAUAACCGAGGGAGUGCAAAAAGUAUCGGACGCUGGGAAAAGCGUGAGUGGAAAAAUCGUCGAAGGAGCGAAAGCGGUGGAGGCAAAAACCGAAGCGACUGUUCGAGGUGCCGUUGAAAGCGGCAAAGCUGGCAAGGAUAAAGCGAUCUCGGACGCGAAGGGCGUUAAGGAUGCGGUCGCAACGUCUGUCAAAGAUGCUAAAGACGGUAUCGGUGAGAAAAUAUCCGAAGGCGUGCAGAAGGUAUCGGACGCUGGUUCGUCUAUAUCCGCUAAAUUGGUCGAUGGAGCGAAGCGAAUCGGCGGUGAAACGGAAUCGGUUGCAAAAACGACGAAGGAUAGUUUAUCGGAGGAGGUGAAAGGCGACAUCGAUGCCGCGAGGGAGACGAUUUCUUCCGGAAAGGAGGGGGUCGCGGAUGGUGGCGACGAGGCGAAAGAGAAAGCCUGGAAGGAAGGUAAAAAGGAACGUAAAGAGAAGAGUGGCGGUUUUCUGUCGGGGUUGAUCAAAGGCGUGAAACACGCGGCGGACGAGGUUUCCGGCGAGGUUAAGGAAUUCUUCGACGAGACGAAGAAGGAAGCCAUCGAGGAGGAGGCGCGCGCUCGCCGAGUACUCGCGGCCAAAGCGAAAGAGGCCGACUCGGUUAAAGACGAGGUCGUGACUGGGGCGAAAGACGCGAAGGAGAGGAUCGGUGAGAAAGUAACCGGUGCUGCGCAAAAGGUGUCGGACAAGGUGGUCGAUGGAGCGAAGGUGGUGGAGAUGAAAACGGAAACUGUCGCGCGAGAAAUGGCCGAGGACGUUAAAGCGACGAAGGACAAAGUGGUGGCGGAUGCGAGAGAUGCCGGAGAGAAAGUGACGAGCGCGGCGAAGGAUACGAGGGCGAAGAUCGGUGAAAAGGUGUCGGGUACCGCGCACGCGGUAUCGGAAGUUGGGAAAGCCGUGGGCGUUAAAAUUACCGAUGGAAUAAAGAAAACGGAAGCGAAAGUGGAAAGAAUCGGGCAGGAUAUCGGCGACGGAGCGAAAGCGACCAAGGAUAAAUUGGUGGAGGAGGCGAAGGAAGACGCCUCGAUCGUAAAAGAGAAAAUCUCCUCCAGAGUGGAUACCGCGAUGGAUGGCGCGAAAGCGGCGAAGGAGAAAGGUUGGAAGGAGGGUAGUAAGAGGGCGAAGGAGAAAAGCGGUGGUUUCCUGUCCGGUUUGAUCAAAAGCGCGAAACACGCCGCCGAUGAAAUUUCCGGGGACGUUAAAGAUUUCGUGGACGAGACGAAGAGAGAGACGAUGGAGGAAGAGGCUCGCGGCCGCGUGGCAGCGUCCGAAAAAUCGAAACAAGUUGGCGCGGAUGCGAAAGGUGGGAGAGGCAAGGUUAAAAGCGCGCAGAGAGUAACGGAUUCGGGUGGUAAAGCGAGUGGUAGUAGCGAGAGAGUGUCGUCGGACACCGGAAAAAUUUUUGGAGAGAAAGUAUCGAAUCAAGCGGGGCAGAGAUUCUUCGCUGUUAGCAGCGACCCUAAAAGCGCCGUGGCCGAGUUUCUGGAAGAGAUGAAACGCGACUCUGCGUGGGACAAGGUGCACUUCCGACACGAGCCGGACGUCCAUUUGUACGAGAACGUGGACACGAUGUUCGUGAAAGAGAGGAAAGGGGAGGAGGAGGGUGAAACGGCGAAAGACGAGAAGGGAUGGAAAAAAUCGGCGACGAAAGUUAGUUAUUCGGUUUUCGAUACGCACGAUCCACUUUCUGAGCUAGAUUCCGAGGCACGGGUGAGGCUGUCCGAAAGAGGGAUCGAGGACAGCGAUGGUGCCGGGGAAUCGAUGUUCAAGAAAGUAUCUCGCAUUCCACAAAGAGUUAGUUCCUCGACGGAGCGGGUUAGCCCUAGCAGCUCGUCGGAUAGUAGUAGUUCGACAGUUAGGAUAUUAAAUGUAUUUAGUAACGUAGAGCACCUCGAGCCUCGCACACGACAAACCGUCACCACAGUCGUAACAAAGUCUGUGCGGACGGCAGCGACCCCACCACCCAGUCCCGCCGAGUACACUGACAGUAGAAUCGAAGAUGUAACCGAAGAGGCGGCAAGACGAGCUCAGGAUCUAGCCGAUCAAGCACAAUCAUUGACGAAAUCAGCGACAGAAACAGACGGUUCGAUACGAUCAAUUUGUUCGAGCGCACGGCGAAGUACAGUAGAGGGAACACCUAGGACCAAGAGUUCCGGUAGAUCGAGCUGCGCAUAUUGGAUGAGCGUAGCUGCCGCUACAUUGGUGAUUCUACUAGCAAUAUUACUUGCCUUGGAGCCACGAACGUUCCAACGUGCCAUCUACAUCCUCUCUUACAAUAUCCCGAGGCAAGCCGGAAUCUGACUUUUUGCAACUUAGCGAGCCAUCCUACAUGGAAACGACAACGACAGAAGAGGACCCUGAAACUCAGGAAAGAGUAACGAGAACUGUUCAAGUAAUUACAACAACGAGUGGAACCGCCAGUGGUCCAGACGAAUUGCGAGAGUCCAUGCAAAAGAUCGUCGAUAGAUUCAUGAUGGAGGAAAGGCGAGAUCAGUGAAGCAUGAAGAGGUCUCAUGGGCGAUUAU